AUGGCUGGUAUCACCACCAUUGAGGCAGUGAAGCACAAGAUUCAGGUUCUGCAGCAGCAGGCCAAUGACACCGAGGAGAGGGCUGAGUGUCUCCAGAGGGAGGGGGAGGGGGAGAAGUGGGCCCUGGAACAGGCUGAGGUUGAGGUGGCUUCCUUGAACCGUUGGAUCCAGCUGGUUGAGAAGGAGCUGGACAGUGCUCAGGAGUGCCUGGCGACAGCUCUGCAGAAGAUAGAAGAGGCAGCGAAGGCAGCCGAUGAGAGUGAGAGAAGUAUGAAGGUCAUUGAAAAUCGGGCCUUGAAGGAUGAAGAGAAGAUGGAGCUGCAAGAAAUCCAGCUGAAAGAAGCCAAGCACAUUGCAGAGGAAGCAGACAGGAAGUAUGAGGAGGUGGCCCGAAAGUUGGUGAUUAUUGAGGGAGACUUGGAACGCACAGAGGAGCAGGUGGAGCUGGCUGAGUCCCUUUGCUGGGAGAUGGAUGAGCAGAUCAGACUGAUGGACCAGAACCUGAAGUGUCUGAAUGCUGCUGAAGAAAAGUAUUCACAGAAAGAAGACAAAUAUGAGGAAGAGAUAAAGAUUCUUACUGAUAUACUCAAGGAGGCAGAGACCCAUGCUGAGUUUGCUGAGAGACUGGUAGCCAAACUGGAAAAGACAAUUGAUGACUUGGAAGAUAAACUGAAAUGCACCAAAGAGGAGCACCUAUGCACACAAAGGAUGCUAGACCAGACUCUGCUUGACCUGAAUGAGAUGUAGAAAUCCCUUUACCCCCAGCCCCACCCUGUCGCUGCUCCUUCC